AGAGGAUCUCACACUUUACCUCUUCAACAACCGAGUGAUCAAUCAUGACGGAAAUGUAAAAGAAAGAUGUUAAGUCCAACGAGUCCAACCCAGAAGACCCUCAUUGAGGAGGACAGCUCUGGAUCUGAUGAAGGGUCAGAGGUUGGUCAGGAACCUGCGACAGACCGCUUCGGCUUCAUUCUGACAAAUGGAUCCACGCCUGGGAGUGUGGGCCCCCCCCCUGAGCUGGUCAGGCAGAGAGAGACCAAGUGGAUAAACAUCAUUAGUCAAUGGGAUCGCAUGUUGUUGAAGAAGACCAGUAAGGUCAAAGUGCAAUGUCAGAAAGGCAUCCCAGCUUCACUCAGAGCCAAGUGCUGGCCUCUGCUGUGUGGAGCUAGUGACAAGAUGAAACAGAACGAAAACCUCUACCAGUCUCUGGACUCGCAGCCCGCUCUGCAGAGCUGGGUGGAUGUGAUCGAGAGAGACCUGGACCGACAGUUCCCUUUCCAUGAAAUGUUUCUUUCCAAGGAUGGACACGGGCAACGUGGUUUGUUCCGGGUGUUGAAAGCCUACACUCAGCACCAACCGGAGGAGGGUUACUGCCAGGCACAGGGGCCUGUGGCUGCAGUGCUGCUGAUGAAUAUGCCUGCUGAGGAGGCCUUCUGGUGUCUGGUGCAGAUUAGUGAGCAGUACCUUCCUGGAUACUACAGCCCUCUGCUGGAGGGAGUCCUGUUUGAUGCGGCCAUGCUGAACUGGGUCUUGAAAAGGUCGUGUCCAGCUGCACACAAACACCUGCAGCAACAUGGAGUGGAGCCCCUCAUGUUCGCCACCGACUGGCUGAUGUGUCUCUUCACACGUCACCUGCCCUUCAACACACUGCUCCGAGUCUGGGACCUCUUUUUCUGCUAUGGGGUGCGGGUGCUGCUCCAGGUGGCGGUGGUGCUGGUGCGUCGGGUGCUGGGCCGGGCCGAGCAGAGGAAGCAGUGUCAGGGCCAGAUGGAGACUCUGGAGAGGCUGAGGGGCGUCAGGGAGCAGGUCCAAGAGGAGGACGACACUUUCAUAGCCGAGGUGUGCUCGGUGCAGCUGUCAGCCAGAGAUCUGGAGAAGCAGACGGAGAAGGAAUUAGAAAAGUGGAGGAAAGACAGACCUUCAUCCACCUUUGACCCCAGAGGUCGCUGCCACGGAUACCGGAUGGCGUGGGCGAGGGCACGACAGAAGGAGGAAGAACAGGACAGGAAAGAGAGAGAGAAAGGGAACCUGUCAGUCCCUCUUGCUCGUUCGGCCUCAACUCUCUCGCUGUCUCCAUCCCUCCUUCACAAGAAGUGGAGGAAAGGGGGAAAGGCGAACGCACGAGAAUGGGAAGGCGGCGGCAGCGGCGGCGGCAAAGUUGUGAGGCAUCUUUCAAUGGGAUCAAAUGAGGACUGUAGGAGCUGGAGUACCUUCAAUUUUAAGAAGGUGCAGGGCGUUCAGGAGGAGGAGGACCCCGUUUUAGAGGACAAUAAAAAACAGAGUGAGCUGAAAUUGACAGAAGAAACUGAACAGAAAGAACUUUUAGAAGAACCUAAAACGAUGGAAAUCCAAAACAUGCCAACAGAGCAGGUAGAAGAAACGGUCAUUGUAGAAGAACAGAUUGAACAAGUGGAAACGAGAAUCACUGAAAAGGAGGAAAGCCAACUCAACAAGACAAAAGAGAGCAAAGUGCUUUCAGAACAGAAGGAAGAAACAAACGUGGAGACACAACAAACCGAAGGUCCAACCAAAGAUCAGGCUGAUGAACACAAACAAAGCGACGAGCUGGACUCUGACAUCCAGACACACGACCUGGAACAGCAGAGUCACGAAAUUGAGCAACUAACAAUUCAAGUGAAAGACUCAAAUAAAGAGACAGAAGACCAUGUGGCAGAAAGCGAACAAACAGCUGCUGUGGUGGAAAAUCCGACUGAGAUAAAGGAAAAUGCUGAUACAGAUAAAAACACAGAGGUGGUGACGCAGGAAAGUGUCUACCCAAGUGAGGAACAGAUGAUUCAGGCUGACAUGAAACAAGAGGAGAGCACAGACACUGAAAACGUGCAGCAGACGCAGGUGGACACAGUCACAACUGAGACAAGCCCAGGCUCAGAUACAGACAGCAAAGACGAAGCUCCAACCGUCAAAGAUCCCACAAUAGAGACAGAGACAGAGCAGCAACAACAAGAAUUGAUCACAGAGACCGACAGCAUCUCAGGGGAAGAUGCAUUUGAAGGAAAACACCACAGCAUUGAGUCAUUAGCAGAAACAGACACGCUGGAAGAGUCCCACACCCAAACAGAGACAGAAACUAAUGAACUGGCACAGACUCAAGAAAUGCUAGAGGAAAAUGCAGCCACACAGGAACCAGAGACUGAAAUAGUACAAAUGGAUUCAGAACAACACAGAGACUCAGAGACAGAAGCAGAAACGUUAGUACUGUGCUCACCUCAAUGCAUUGAACCAGAAGAAGGCACUGACUUAGUAGCUCAUACAGAGAAUAAAUUGGAGACACCAGUUGCAAACGACAUAAUGACAGAGUCAAGUGCAGCUUUAGACAAAGAGUGUGAUUCAGCAGCAUGUGAGCCUAAACAGGAGGAAGAAGAAAGACGUCUGGAUGAACACUCAGAGGCACAGGUUGAUCAAACACAAGCAGAGGAAACACCAACUGAAACUGAGACUGCUAACUCGAUAGCACCUCAGAAGGAGGAGGAGGAGGAGGAGGAGGAGGAGGAGGGGAAGACGUAACACAGGCAGAAA